AUGUCUGUGGAGAGUCCAGGCCAGAAAACUGGCUUUCGAGCCUUCAUGGCGAAUGCCCUGAGACCCAAGAAAUCCCGCCAGGUCCUGCGCAAGAACACCGCAUCUACACCAAACCUCCGAGCGGCUACACGAUCAAGCAUCGCCAGCGAGGAUGUGCCUCCACCAGUCCCUGUUCUUGCACCUUUGGAGGCCCAUCGGGUCUACUAUCGCGAGAAAAAUGCAGAGAUAGACACCCAGAUAGGAGAAAACCGUGACCACACGGCCAUGCUGCAUUCACUGGGUAUCCACGAUACCGAAGACUCGGAUGCUUUCGCAUCAGACCGGUAUGGGGAGGAUCGGCCUCCGGGCGAGCCGAUGAUAGCAAGCCUCUCGUCUGAUCUCUGGGCCAUGAUUGCCGAGGAGCUCGAUCCGGGCGACGUCGCAAGCCUCGCCUUCGCAAGCAAGACGCUUCUCUCGCGCCUGGAGCGCCUGGAGCCCUGGUCGGUGCUGAACCAGCCCGAGAACCGCGAGUACCGAGUCAACUUCCUAGCGCCGCAGGACCGGCGUCUGCCGCACCAUCUCCUCUGCAUGACGUGCGCAAAGUACCACCGGCGCACGCAGGAGGGCCGCGAGAAGCUGCAGCCCGCAGCGGUUGUCAACCCGCUCUUCGACUGCCCGAACCUGCGCAACCCGCUCCUCCCCGCGCCGCGGCACCGCAUCACGCACGGCCGCAUGCUCUACUUCACCUUCGUGCAGCUGGCCCUGCGCGCCCACCGCUUCGGCCCGGCCUACGGCAUCUCCACCGAGUCGCUCUCCCGCCGCUGGCGCCGGGACGGCUGGACGCACCAGUCGCGCUAUAUCAUCCACAAGAACCGCCUGCUGAUGCGCGUGGUCAGCCAGACGUUCGCGGCGCCCGCGCUCACGCCCAGCUCGCAGCGCCUCCUCCUAUACUCGCGCGAGGACUACUGGCCGUACUUCUCCGCGUGCGCGCACUGGCGCGACGGCCAGCUCAUGGACGCCUGCAAGUGCGCCCUCGGCCACAUCCCCAAGCCCCGUGACACCGCCGGCCUGCAGGGCCUCGAGCACCGCGCCAAGGACCUCUACCACCACCGCAUGUAUAACCCCAACGAGCUCGCCACGCUCUGCAACACCUGCCGCCCCAUGCGCCGCUGCCCAGACUGUCCGUCCGAGUACCUCAUCGAGGUCAAGCUGACGGAGGACCGCAUAGACCCCAAGAGUCUGCGAUUCCGGCACGCCAUCGUCGUCACGCGUUGGUGUGACCUGGGCGAUGGCUCCUCGUCGCAUGGCUCCGCCGAGUGGGCUGCGUGCAAUGGUCUGCGCGAGUAUGACUCGUUCGCUGCCCUGACAAAACGGUCCAUCUCGGGCACGUUUGAGGCGGCGUUUACAGAUGAUACCCUGCCGGGGCAGAGGAUCGUCUCGAUGAAUCCCAAGGGGAAGAGGCUCGGAGAGGCCGGGAAUAGUUGGUACUAA